UAAGUUAUGCUACUAAUGCAUAUGACGGCACAAACACGUAACGUAAAAGUAAGGAUGUUUUUGUUUGGUUAGCUUUUGGAAACAUUAGAUAGUGCAUACAACUUUCCCGGACAUUAUCAUUUCUGAUUUACCAGAUAUUGUCGAAUGGCUAGUGCUCGAUGUCUGCGGAUGCAUUGUCUUCCAGCCAAUAUAUGAAAUACAAUCAUAAUUGACUGUAGCGCAUAUAAAACACACACAGCAGCUAUGGGUGGUUCCAUGAUGACUGAAAACACAACCGUGGGACGAACGAGUGACGAAUCUCCGGGCAAGGAAUUUAUUCCUCCCUCACCCAUUGCCUUGCAAGUGUCAAUUCAUCAUACUUCAUGAUACGUCUUCUGAACUGUCCACUUAAUUUGAGGGCUGAGGGGAGAGGGUGUGUCUUUUACUUGUUUGGAACACAGCCAAGUAGGGAAUUCAAGAAGUGAUGUUUCUGUGGAUGCUCCAGAUGACCUUAUCACACCAUCGUAAUGAACUCAAUUUAGUGAGGCGAACUGCUACGGGGCAAAAAGUAUAUAUUUGUCAAGCGACCUCUUGAUUUGACUUCCAAAUGCAGUAUCUGAGACCUGCAUUUAUAGUAUUGACUGAUGACCUAUUUAGCUAUCACUACAUCACUGUGUCUUGACUAGACAAAUAUUUCCAUGCGCCCUCUUCCUCUCUAGAACACAUGCACGCUCACACACAUGUACACACGUGCAUUCAGGCAUUCUUACUCUCGCUCUCUGUCUAUCACCAACACACACAGAGACACACACACACCCGCAUUAAUACGCAUUCACACUACCUCAUGAAAAAGGAAGUUGUAGAGAAUAUAGAGAACAUACUUUGAUCUAACCAGGCGGUCCAGCUGAUACUGUAUCUUUGGAACAGAAAAAAAGGACCAUGAACUACACUGUGGGAAAUGGUUCUGGGUCGGCCUCUUGCGGCUUGAUGGAGAUCUCCGCCCACCCAUUCUUCACCGUAACCUACUCCCUGGUCUUCCUGGUGGGCGUGGUUCUCAACGGCUUCACGGUGCGGGUCUACUUCUGCCGAGCCCAGCGCCACCAAUCCAGCGUGACAGUAUAUAUGCAGAACCUGGCAGCGGCAGACUUCUUCCUCAGCCUGUGUCUGCCUCUCCGCAUUGCCAACUACGCCACCCACAACUCGACCAUCAUGCGCCAUGUGUACUGCAACUUUGGAGCUACGGCCUUCUACCUCAACAUGUAUGCCAGCAUCCUCUUCAUGGGCUACAUCGCAGCCAACAGGUACCUGAAGAUCGUCCGUCCUCUGGAGACCCACACCCUGCAAACGGUGCGCGCUGCCCACUACAUCUCCAUGGCAACCUGGGUCACCCUUCUGGCUUCAUCAUCUGCGUACCUGACCGUAUCCCUCCUCACCACUUGGGGUGCAGAUCUCAUCCCCGGUACCAUAGGCUGCGACUCCCUCCACAGCACCCAGCUUCUACUGCUCUACAAGAUAAUCCACAGUUUCUCGGCCGCCAUCUUCCUCUUUGUUCUGUUUUCCCUCGUCUUCUUCUACUGGGGCACCAUCCUCAGGCUGCAACAGGCGCAGCUGAACCAGCAGAAACAUCCUUCCUGUGGAUCCGGAAGGAACCUCAGCCGCUCCAAGAGAAACAUGCUAGUUCUGGUCACUAUGUUCUGCGUGUGCUUUGUGCCGUACCACCUGGUGCGCCUGCCCUACGCCUUCAUCCGGCCCUUCUUGCACAGGUGUUACUGGCAUCAGGCCUUCUACUACAUGAAGGAACUGACAGUGCUGCUGUCAGUCCUCAAUGCCUGCCUGGACCCACUCAUCUACUUCAUCUUCUGUAAGACCUUCAGGGCCCAGCUGGGCAUGCAGAGGCGUCUUAGUAUAACAAUGGCACAGCCAGACAGUACAGCCCCACCGCCAGGAGCUAGGAGAAUUAGCCAGGGGAACCUGACCACCCUGCCAUGCACCCAGACAAGGACGUCGUUCAGCAUGUCGAGACGGGCCAGUGUAAUUUAGGACACACCGCACUGCCCUCCUCUGGUACAUUUUCUAUCUACUAGAAAUUAUUUGAACUUUGUAUUGGGGAAAAAAAGAUAAACUGCCUAGAAUGUCAAUACUUGUUUUGGAGACUAAAAUGUGCUAAUUUGAUGUCUCUACUCAAUACAGAAUAUGACAUGGGUUACCUAUGGGCAUCCUUUGGUAUAGAUAGAACAUACAUUUGCCUAUUUGCCUUGUACUGCUAUUUUGCCCUGUUUGAGAGCCUAGACCUCAGACUUAAAUUUUCCUGAUAAACUCAGACGACAGCUUGACUAUAUGUAACCUGUGGUUUACCUUAGUGAUUUAGACGGAGAAAUAUAUUGUUUGGCCUUGUUUCUGUCCCCAACCUCUCUAUUCAACCUACCUGCACACACACUCUUAAUAAAUGGCUCUAGCAUUGUUGUUGACAAAAGUACAGUAUUAAUCAUUGUGCGUUCAAUCAAUCAAAUCAUGGCAACACGUACAGCCAGAUAAAACACCAAGGUUAGUGUCUGUGCACUUCAUGUCUUACGUAUUUGUAUCAAGCUCCAAUAAAUGAUACACAUUAGAAAUGA